AUGAGCAAUUUGCAGUUAUUUGGAAGGGGACGAAGUGCAGACGAAUUGAUUUGGGAAGAUAGCACUGCUGAAGAUACAAAUAUGGAGCAGUUGGAUGCAACAAAGAAGUCUACGGAAGAAAAUAUGGAUUGGAAAAGAGCAUUGCCUAAAAAUGCUGGUUAUGUACGAGAUAUCUCGGACCAUGCUUUUUGGACGUUGUCUAGCUGUAAAACAGACGGAUUUGGUAUUCAACAAUUACUUGAAGAUAAUGUGGAUCAGUAUUGGCAGUCAGAUGGACCACAGCCUCACACAGUGACCAUUGAAUUUGACAGAAAAACGGAGAUAUGUUUCCUUCUUUUAUACUUGGAUUAUAAGACGGAUGAAUCGUACACUCCUAGCAAAGUUGUUGUUCAUCUUGGAUCAUCAGUGCUUGACCUUGACGAAGGUCUAGUUGUUAUGUUUACCGAGCCAGUUGGAUGGCAGCUCCAAGUUGUUCAAAAUCAUCAGAAUGGUAGAGAUACGCAUAUUAGGCAAAUGAAAGUUAUUGGACCAGCUCGAACUCGUUCAGAUACUAAUGUUAAAGCUCUUUUUUCUGCUGGAGCUAAUAUGAGAAAUAUUCCUUUACGAUUUACUUCAUCAAAAAUGACCAUGUAUUCUAAUAUUCGUUGA